GGUGGGAGGUCAGGCUGAGGGGAGGGCACGGGAGGGUGCCAUGGGAUGUGGCUGGAAGGGCCCCUCCCUCAUUAAGCUCUCGCCUUCCUCCUUAGUCUGCGGCAGGUCCGGUGAGCUGGACCCCACCCUCAGGGACCCAGAGGCCGUGGUUCGGCGAUGGCCCUGGAUGGUCAGUGUGCAGGCCAAUGGCACACAUAUCUGCACAGGAACGCUCAUUGCCUCCCAGUGGGUGCUGACCGUGGCCCACUGCCUGACCCAGCAUGGUGUUACCUAUUCAGUGCGGGUGGGGAGCCCUUGGACUGACCAGACAGCUCAGACCACCUCCGACGUCCCAGUGCGGCAGUUCGUCAUCAACCGCCGGUUCCGGUCCCGAAGGCUCUGGUCCUGGGUGGGCCGGGCCAACAACAUCGCUCUCCUGCAGCUUGAGCAGGCAGUCAGGUACAGCCAGCAUGUGUGGCCCAUCUGUCUGCCCGGCUUGGACUACAUGUUGAAGGACGGCUCCCUCUGCACUGUGACAGGCUGGGGACUCCCCAGGGUUAACGGCAAAUGGCCGCAGUCCCGGACCAUUCAGGAGAAGGAUGUCACCAUCCUAAACAGCAAGGCGUGUGACAACUUCUACCACAAAUUCUCCAAACUCCCCUCUGUGAUUCGGAUCAUCAACUCCCAGAUGAUUUGUGCACAGGAUGUCGACAGGGAACAGUUCUGCUCUGAGAUAAGUGGGGAGCCCUUGGCCUGUCUUGUGGAGAGCACAUGGUACCUGGUGGGAAUGCUGAGCUGGGGCCCAGGCUGCAAGGAAAACGAGGUGCCUCCCAUCUACCUACGGAUCUCCUCCUACCAACACUGGAUCUGGGAACGCAUCAAUGGGCAGGCUGCACCAGCACCAUCCAGGGCCCUGCUUCUGGCUCUGCCGCUGCCUCUCAGCCUCCUUGCUGCCCGCUGACACUCGCUGGCUGUGCCUGGGGGUGCCCGCCCCUGUCCAGGCGCCUCCUCAGCCUCCGUGUUCAGAAUGCUACAGGUGCUGCUCUCCCAUCCCCAUGAGGCAGAGCACAUACUAAGUGUUCAAUUAAACACUUUUCUUCCCCAUGUCUGCUCGCUCCCUGGGCCUGCUUGAAUGGGAGAUGAGUGAACCAGAUGGGGGUGGGAUGGGGAUUCUGGGCACUGAAAAGUGCAGAGGCCAGGAUCUGCCCCAUCUAGAGGUUUGGGGUGGCUCCUGCAGAAGGUGGGAAGUGUAUGUAGUGACGGUGCAGUGGUCAGAGGAUGGAGGGCCUAGAACGUCCUGCACAGGCUGAGGCUGGCAGGGUGCAGCCCUGUUGGGCCAGCAAGGUGAGUGUUUUUUCUGUGAUACUUUCAUGGGAGUCAGGCUGUCCUUAACUUUAGCCCAUGUCCUGGCCAGUGGCUGGAAUACACUCUUAUUGCCCUGAAGUACCACAGUGAACUGGAACCUUCCAGCGCUGCCCUCUGCCUGGAGCACCAUCAGCAGCCAUGCCAGUCCGUAAAGGGCUAGUGGAGGCCCAGGUCAGAGGUCAGGGAGGCAGCGGGCAGGGCAGAUGGAGCCCGGGCCUGGACUCCCCCAGGCUUUACCAGCUGCUCCUCUGCUUGACUUCAAGUGGCCCCAGACCUUCUGGGCUUUUGCUGCUGGGCCCCACACGA